AAUCUCAAAGUUAAGGUGAGUUAAUGAUAUAUUCACAAUAAAAAUGGAAUGGAACAAUGUAAUCUCGAAAUGGAGUGAUCUUAGGAACACUGAUUCUUAAAUGCCUUUAUUUUGUUUCUUAAUUCUCACAUUCCGGAGGCCUAAGUCUUACAACUAAGCAUUUCCGCGAAUUCACGCGCCGGGAAUUUCUCCCUCUCACUACGCCGGAAAUGUUAAUUGAUAAGUAAUAAGGGGUAGAGAUUAAAGACUGCAUCUAUUCCAUAUUUUCUUCACGUUACCCAAUCACCUUCCAUAAUCACUUCACUUUCUCUGAAUUCACCCUUUAAUUUCAGUCUAAGUUGUGAGUGAGGAUAAUUUCUUUCUUUGCCAUUCUGGGGUUCUUGUUUUGUGUGGGGAAAAACUGAAGGAGCAGAGGGGUUGAUAAAGAAGAUGACUGUGGAGCAAGCAAUUUGUGGACCUAGAGAUCAGUUUCCCGUUGGCAUGCGGGUUUUGGCUGUUGAUGAUAAUCCCGUUUGUCUUAUGGUGUUGAAGGCUAUGCUUCGACGAUGCCAGUAUCAAGUCACCGCCACAAAUCAGGCCAUUACAGCACUGAAGUUGUUGAGAGAAAACAAGAACCAGUUUGAUCUUGUAAUCAGUGAUGUCCAGAUGCCAGACAUGGAUGGUUUUAAGUUGCUUGAGCUUGUUGGGCUUGAGAUGGACCUGCCAGUCAUAAUGUUAUCCAUAAAUGGUGAUCCCAAGCUUGUAAUGAAGGGAAUAACUCAUGGAGCUUGUUAUUAUUUGCUGAAACCUGUCCGAAUUGAGGAACUAAAGACCAUAUGGCAACAUGUAGUAAGGAGAAAGAAAUUUGAUGGGAAGGACCAGAAUGCUUCUAAUAGUCAAGAGAAGACUUGUGAUGGACAUAAUGAGGUAGCAGGAGUGGGAAAUGCUGAUCAGAGUACAAAGAAUAACAAAAAACGGAAGGACCAGGAUGAAGAUGAGGAUGAGGAGCCCGAUGAGAAUGGAAAUGAUAAUGAGGAUCCAUCAACCCAAAAGAAGCCUCGUGUUGUUUGGACAGUGGACUUGCAUCGCAAGUUUGUUGGAGCUGUUAAUCAGUUGGGCGUUGACAGUAUGUUCUUGAACUGCUCACCACUAGCAACAUAAUUUUAUAAUUUAUACUUUUCAUCAGUUGAAAGCUGCUUAUUUUUAUUUAUAAUUUAUUUUUCUGCUAACUAAUCAUGACUAUUUGAUUAGUGGAGAUAAUUUUUGUACUAUUAAUUUCACCAAUUUUAUAUCCCUCAUGUUUGUAAUUGAUGUUCCAUUGUUCAAU